CUAUGCGUGCCGCACCAAUGGCUCGUUGAGUCAAAAGUUAUGAUACGGUGCGGAGAAUGCGUGCGGCGCCAACCAACCGCUUGGUUAAUCAAAGCUCAUUCGAUGAUUAUAACGGUAGAACAUACUGUUUACUAGCGCGCGAAUCAGUUCUUCAGCUCAUUUAUAACGGAUUUUAUUUCCACACCAUCAAAUCCCAAUGAAAAUUGAAAAUUCAGCUUGACAGAAUCCGAUGUUAUCAGUUAAUCGGAGUUUCGUACUUCUAGGGUUCGUUAUCUCUCUAUACGUAACGAGAUGUUGCGGCGGAGAAUCGUCUACGUGUUUGACUGUGUAUAAAGAUGGCGGUGCGCCGGCGGUGUUCGAAUCUCCAAAAUGCCCUAGCUGGAACCUUCCUAACUACGAUUCCCGAUCGCGUACUACUACCGGUACGGCUUCCUCCGGCAGCAGUCGUUGCCAAUCGGCGAUGAUUCAAGGUCGGAGAAAGUCUCAGGAGGAUCGUACACUUUGCGCUCUCGAUAUUCGCAUUCCAUUUCCUGCAGGUAAGACAGGCGUUAGAGAGGUUGUAGUUGGAAUUAUGGCAGUUUUUGAUGGACAUAAUGGUGCUGAGGCUAGUGAGAUGGCUUCCAAGUUGUUGCUGGAGUAUUUUGUUUUGCAUACCUAUUUUCUUUUGGAUGCAACAUAUUCUUUUGUGUUGAAGAAAUCUACUGGAAGAUUGCCUAGUAAGAGAGAAAAGGAUGUUAUUAUACGGGCGUUAAAUUUGGAUAAAAGAGUCGGACUGCAUAAAUUGAACUUUCAUAGGUCUGAGUUUUAUUUGCCAGAAAAUUUUGAUGAUUCUUUCCAUUUGGAAAUUUUGAAGGAGGCAUUAUUGAGCGCAAUCCAUGAUAUUGAUGCUACAUUCUCUAAUGAAGCAUCUCGAAAAAACAUUGAUUCAGGUUCCACGGCCACCAUAGUUAUGGUAGCAGAUGGUCAAAUUUUAGUUGCCAAUAUUGGGGAUUCAAAGGCCUUUUUGUGCUCUGAAAAGUUUCAGUCUCCUGCAGAAGCAAAAGCCACUUUAUUAAGACUUUACAGAGAACAGAGGCGCGAGGGGGCUGCUUCACCUUUAAGAUAUCGUGACAACCUGAAAUCAGCCACAUCAAAUGGACUGGCACAUCUUAUUGUUGAGGAAUUGACUAGAGACCACCAUCCAGAUAGAGAUGAUGAAAAGUUUAGAUUGGAAACUUUUGGCGGAUAUGUUCAUGAAUGGGGUGGUGUGUCUCGAGUAAAUGGUCAAUUGGCUGUUUCCCGAGCUAUUGGCGAUGUGAAUUUUAAGAGAUAUGGUGUUACAUCAGCACCUGAAGUGACAGAUUGGCGACGUCUCACCACAAAUGAUACAUAUUUGGUGGUCGCAUCUGAUGGCCUGUUUGAGAAGUUGAGCCUACAAAAUGUCUGUGAUAUACUUUGGGAUGUAAGCAGUCAUGGUAUCAUGAGAUCGGAGCUUUCUUCUUCAUGUUCACUUUCAUUAGCUGAAUGCUUGGUUAACACUGCCUUUGAAAAGGGCAGCCUGGACAAUGUGGCAACUGUAAUUGUUCCAUUAGGAUCUUUUGGAAUUCCACAAAAUCUACCAAAGGAAAGGUGUCUUGGAGAGGGAGACAUGCAUUGCUCAUUAAAAGGACUAAAGAAGUUCACGAGUGAAGAUUCAGCUAAUGACAUCACUUCUGAUCUCGUACAGUUGACACAUGGACUUCCAGUUCGUGUAAAGUUUGACAGGUUAUUGGUUGAAGGAAAACAUUGGAAUUUCGGAUGUUAUUAUUUGUCUGAGAACCUUAAUGACAUGGAUGUGGUGCGAGCUCUAAGUAAUGACACAGAAAAUUAUGCUUACAACCUACCUCAAGCUCUACCGAAGGUCUUCAGUCACCAAUAUGGAGGACCUCUACAUUUGUAUAACGACCUUAAUUAUUGCUUACAUUUUGAGAUGACUGUCGGUGGAGCUAAAGAUCAAUGCACUAAUCCUGAAGGCUUUGCUAGUUUCCUUGGAUUGCUUGAAUCUAUUCCAUUUCAGGAUGCUGGUUCAAAUUAUGGAUCAACUGAGUAUGCAAUGCCUGAUUUAAGAUAUGUUUUAAAGAAAAGGUUUGGUCGAGGAUCAUAUGGUGAAGUAUGGCUAGCAUUUUAUUGGAAUUGUCAUCAAGAUAACGAUAGUUCAAGUUGGUCUGUAAAGAAUGAAAGUAUGUCAUCUAAUAGUCGUCCAAAUGCAAAUAGAAGAGGUUCAGCUCAUAGCACUUCUCAUGAUUGCAAUGCUGGUACUUCUGAUGACGAUCUGUUAAUUUUGAAACGAAUCAUGGUGGAGAGAGGAGCUGCUGUUUACUUGAGUGGUCUACGGGAGAAGUAUUUUGGUGAAGUUUUUCUAAAUGCCUCCAGGUGUCUUGGAGACUUACUAUCAGAUGGAAUCAUGACUUCUUUACAAGAAGAGUUGCAAACAGAUUAUGAUGAACAACUACAAACAAAUAAAUCAUUUUUUGGAUUUGGGAAUAUGCUUCCAAACACAUUUACAAUGCCGGGUGUUUCUUUAGAAGAAGGUUUAAACCAUAUAGCGAGAUACGUGGAGUCUUUUGAGUCAAGAUCCAAUGAAAUUUGGCUUGUUUUCCGUCAUGAAGGCGUUUCCUUGUCAAAAUUGAUAUAUACUGUGGAGGAAAUAGAACAUGAUGCUGAUGAAGAAAAGGUUGAAGUGAAACGUCUUCAGGUAUUGCGUCCCUCAAAGUGGUGGCAUUGGCUGAAGACAACAGAAGCAGGAAAAGAUGAAAUGCGUAACCUUAUAUGGCAGUUGUUGAUGGCAAUCAAGUCCUGUCAUGACCGCAACAUUACCCACAGGGACAUCAAACCCGAAAACAUGGUGAUAUGCUUUGAAGAUAAGGACACUGGUAAAUGCUUAAUAGGAGCUCCCAGUGGAGAGAGGAGCUAUAUUACCAAAAUGCGCAUUAUUGACUUCGGUAGUGCAAUUGACGAGUUUACGGUGAAACAUUUAUACGGGUCAGCAGGACCUUCUAGGGCUGAGCAAACUUAUGAGUACUCUCCUCCAGAAGCGUUUCUUAAUGCUAGUUGGUAUCAAGGGCCAACGGAAUUGAAUUUAAAGUACGAUAUGUGGAGUGUUGGAGUUGUGAUUUUGGAGUUGAUUUUGGGAUCACCAAAUGUUUUUCAAGUAAGUGCUUUAACACAAGCACUUCUAGAUCCACAUAUAGGGGGUUGGAGUGAAAAUCUCAAGGAGCUUGCAUACAAACUUAGGUCUUUCAUGGAGUUGUGCAUCUUAAUUCCUGGGAGUUCCUCAAAACGUGAGUACACGACAGGACAAGGUGGAGCUUCACCUGCUUCCUGGAAAUGCUCUGAAGAUUUCUUUUCACAACAAAUCAAGAGCAGGGAUCCACUGAAACUCGGAUUUCCAAAUGUGUGGGCUUUGCGGUUAGUGCGCCAACUAUUACUCUGGAAUCCAGAGGAUCGAUUGAGUGUUGAUGAUGCUUUGCGGCAUCCUUAUUUUCAACCUCCCAAUGAUUGACUAUGAUUAUAAAAGCUUAUAUAUUCCGAUACCUGGAGAUCAUUGUUCCAAGAGAUUGGAAUACGAAAGGGAAGCCAAGAAAUUGACUAAAUGUCAUACCUGGGAAAGCUUUUUACUAAACCAUGCCAUUCAGUGUCAGAUUCAGGUAGAACCAUUAUAUUGGGUCCAAUUGAAAGUAGAUCACAAUCAUGAAGAGAAGCUUCAGGUAGUGGCUGACAUGGCAUGGUGCUAAUCAAUUCAGCUAGCUGCAGCUUAUUCUCGAGCCAGUGUUGAAUUGGCGAUUCAUUGUGGAAAUGGUAUGUUCAGGAUGUCGAAGUUCUACUGUUUUCGCUUCUCAUGCUGUUGCCAUGUGCAGUAGAGAAUUCUAAUUGUUCCUCUUGCAUCAAGGCGGCAUCCAUCUUCUGCUAAUGGACUGAUAUAACAGUUUCAUCUGAUGGAGGCAUAUCAAACACUGCCAGUGAUGGAAUUUAACUGAAAUCUUUGUUCUUAGUAAAGGCAAUAUGCAGACCAUCUGUUACCUAUUGAGGAUUAUGAAUUUUAACAAUAAUAAUUUGCAAGGAUGGCCUUUGUUUCUAACUAGUUGCAUCCUUAAUUUUGUUUUAAAAAUUGGUAUCACCUUUAAUAUAUCAAAAGUUACAAUGAUGUUUCAUAAUUCA